AUGGUUCGUAAACAAUCAGCUAAAACAAAAAAAGUUGAAGUUGAAAAUCCCAAAACACCAGCUACACCAGCUACACCAGAGUCUAUAGGUGAUAUUAACGAUAUUGCAACAUCACCAACCUUUACUUCAAUAGAACAAGAAAAUACAACAAUAUGGUCUUCGUCAUUUUCUUGGAAUAUACAAUCAACUUCAGAACUUGAUGCAGACUCUGCAAACAACAUAUGGGAAGAAGAUCAUAAAGAUUCCGAUAAAUUAUAUAUUACAAAAAAUAAUGAAGUACUAGAUAACAAAGAUGAUUUUGAAGAAAAUGUUUGGACAGAUGUACAAAUGGUUGCUGGUGUACCCAAUAAUCAAUCAUUUUUUAGCGUACCUUUUACGGUUCCCGAUUCGUCAACUAUUUUAGAAUCGCAGGUAGAAAGUGAUUUAACUACUUCAAAAGCUGUUGAACCAAUUUCUUAUAAUAAAAAAGAAGUAGAAAAUAAUCGUAAAGACUCUAAUGAAGCAUCUAAUUCUGAAAAAUCUGAUUAUGUUGAUUUAGGAGAAGACAAUUUUCCUUCAAAAGAAUUAUCUAAAGAAUUUGGUGAAUUUACCAAUCCUGAUGUAAAGCUUGAUAUUGAAAUUAUUUUGGACAAUCAAGAACUAAAUGAUUCAUUUAAUCAAUGUGAAAAUGUGAAAUCAGAGAAAUUUGUUGUAAAUGAGAAGGAAGAUGAUGAUUUUGGUGUUUUUGAAUGUAGUGAAGAAAGUAGUUUUGAUGAAUUUGGUGAAUUUAAAAGUGAAGACACAAAUGAUUUUUAUAAUUAUCAAGGAAACGAACAGUCUAUUUCUGAUUAUUUUAGUGAUAUUGAAAAUGGAGGAAUAAAUGAAAAUGUCACUGUUAUUACUGAAGAAAGUAAUAAUUCAGAAAUCCAAAAUGAAUCACCCUUAGAUUUAGAUCAUAUCAUGUCUAUAAAAAAUUCCGUUGCUGGAUGGAUUGCCGUUUUGGAUAAAAUUUAUAAUUUACGGGUGUUAAAUAGUCACAAUAACAAAGUAAGACCCCUUUCCAUAGAAGAUCUUGUAUAUAAUUCACAUGAAAUGAUGAAUGCUGACUUGAAUUGGAGUUCGUUUAUAGAACUUUGGAGUGAUCAAGGAGGAGUUAUUGGGUUUACAUGGCGUGGUUCGCAAAUUCAAAAAUCAUUUUUGGAAUCAGUUAAUUCUAUUUCUAUGAUCAAGACGGCGAAUCGACUUCCAGGCAGUGAUUUAUUUAAUGAUAAACAAACUUUGUCAUCAUCAAUGUACCAAACUACUCACGAUGACAAUUAUAGAAAAACUGAAUUCUCAUCAGCUCAAUCUACGCAUGAUUACAAGAUAGAACGAGAAGAAAAGAAUUCAACAGAAAUGCCUUUUAAUAACACAGAUAACAUACAAGGACAAGAUGCUCCUAUCGAGUCUACAGAGGAUAACGAUAUUGAUCAAGGUGUAAAUUUGAAUCGAGAUUCCUGGAUAACAAUGUCAGAUCUUUCAUUUUUGGAAUCAUUAUCUUCCAGACAAUCUAGUAUAUCUAGCACCAAUAAAUCACAACGAAAAUCCGAAACGCUUCUUGACGAUUUUCUUGAUAUUGGAGAAACAUCAACGACAAUACCUAAUAAUAAUUCUCGAAUGGAUAGUUUUAUAACACAAAUUAAUCAUGUUUCAACCGAUUUGAUCUCAAAUCUUGGAACUUUGAAAUCCAACCCAAUUAAAGAAAAUCCUUCAUCAAGUAUCGCUGUAAACUUACUUGAUGAUUCAAUAAUUGACUUGAAAAAAGUUGACGGGAACGUGAAUGAAUUAUUGAAUCCAAUUAAUUCCAAUAAUUUUCACCCCCCUGCAAAGAAGAAAAGUACUUCGUCGCUCUCUUCGGAGUUUGGAGAUAUGGUUUCUGCUUUUCCCUCGGAUAAUUUGAAUCAAGGGAACUUCUUGAGCUUCGAUGAUCAAGUGUUUCCGAAAUCACCGUCUUCUAAUAAAAACACGGCAUCAUCAACAAAAUUAUAUGAUCAUCCUGAAUACGAUACUUCAAGUUCUAAAUCGUUGUCUUCAGAAAUGGUUUCAACUAAUGAUGCUGAUUUAAGCAAACCCAGUGAACAAAAACAACAAGAAGAGAAUGUUAAUUGGAUUUCGUCUACUGACCUUUCAUUUUUAGAAUCCUUUACCAAGAACUCCAAACCUUCAAAUUCGCGUAAAUUUCAGCAAGAUACAUUUUUUGAUUUUUCAGAAUUUACUAGUGAUCUAAAGUUGCCUUCAAAUGUGCAACCACAGAACAGUUCUGAUACAUUUUUACAAAUGAUGUCACAUCAAGUUGAUAAGGGAAAUACAUUUUCAAUAAUUAAUAAAAUUUCUAAAGUGAAACAGGAGCAAACAUCACAAAAUUCAAAUUCUAAACAAUUGUAUACGCCUUCAAUGAAAGUUGGUUCUAAAUCGGAUUCUUCGGAAUUUGGUGAAAUGGUAUCAGCAUAUGAUCAUCGAACCAAGCAAGAUGAUUGGAUGUUAAGUACAUCAUCAACAAAUCAAGAUAAUUGGAUAUGA